AUGGAAAGUCGCGCGCCCAAGACCCCCGGGCCGACGCUGGCAUUGAAAGGUCCCCCGGGAGCAUUCAAGGUUGAAUUGCUGAUCUACAAUGGCUGGUCGUCCAGUGAUCACUGGGCUUAUUGGGUGUGUUCGCACAAAAAUACUGACAUCGGGGUCAUGAUACACACUGCUGGUGAUCCGAGUAUUGGAUUCAAGAUCGUAUUCAAACGAUGCCAUAACUUGCAAAACGACCCCAAUCCUCCUCUCCAGAGGGUUCCUCUGCAAUGGAUUGAUGGGAAAUACUUUGAUGAGAGGGCAAUGCUUAACAACGAAGUUCCUAUAAUUAAUGAUAUACCUGUUUGUCGCUUUGAAGCAACUAUUUGCAAGGUCAAAUUACCUGAGAAGACACCGACUGCAGUAGCUGAUGCUUCUGCCGCCCAAUUACUCAAGAACAACAUUUUCAACAAGGAUGUUGCCACUUAUCUUGCAACGAAUUCCACCAACGACUCAAAUUUGCAGCAAAAAAAAAAGGGCUUUGAUUCGCCUGGCUCUUGGAUAUGGGAGGUUGGAGCCGGUGUGCUGAGUGCCAUUUGCGUCUCAGCUCUUGUCGGCUUCCUUCAAUAUUUGGAUGGAAAAACCUAUGAUGGCUGGCAGUACGGUGUCUCACCCAAUGCAGUUGUGGCUACCAUUGCCACCAUAGCCAAAGGUGCAGCACUCGUUGCAGUAUCAUCUUGCCUUAGCCAGCUGAAAUGGAACCGAUGCCAGGUUCCAACAGCCCUUUACGAUUUGCAGAUUUUGGACCAGGCGAGUCGGGGGCCAUGGGGUUCUUUGAACGCACUGUGGACUGUGACCCCGGGAUUAGCUACAGUUGGAGCAUUGCUUAUGGUAUCAUCAGUCGCUCUUGGUCCUUUCACGCAGCAGAUCCUGACCUUUCCAUCUCGAAGCUCAGUGGCUUUGAAUGCGACGGCCUCGGUCCAGAUGACACAUGAAUAUUCCCCUGACAGGUCUUACUACACACCGCUUGGCUCUCACGACCCGGUGAUAGAGGAAUCUGUGUUGAGUGGAAUAUCUGCGGCCUACACUCCCGUGGAACCGCAUUGCAGCACUGGGGAUUGUGAAUACCCUGAUUUUAUCACUCUCGGUAUAUGCAGUAAGUGCGAAGACGUCACAUCCUCGAGUGUACAGAACUGCUCUGCUCUAUCAAAGACCUGGAGUGGCUGGGAAGAGAGAGGCUAUUUGGGCGAUAAUCAGAUACCCGAGAAAAUCCCUCUGAACUGCACAUACACGACUCCGAAUGGAGUACGAAUUGUUCCUGGAAUACUUUAUUGGAAUUUUCCUUGGAGCUACGAGGAUAACCGGACUUAUAUGAAUUUCUAUCGCGCCACAUGGACUUCCGUCGCAACUGAGGGCAACGAUGGUUUCCAGGGAGACGAGGUCACUAAGGAGGACUAUCAACCCCCAGUGAAGUUUCUCAAUGUUACCAACCCAAUUAUCCAAUUCAUUUCAGCGAAAUACCUAGACGGAACAGCCAUAUACACCACCGAAAACCUUACGGCACCUUCAGAAAAACCGAUCUUAACAGAGUGUGCACUAUAUUAUUGCGAACAGCAAUACACGCAGAAUAAUGUAUCGGUCAAGCGUCGUAUCCUGCAACCAACAAGAACUCACCCAUUGAGAUACGUGGAUCCACCCCCCUCCUGGGGCAACACACUAUCCCCGUUGGGUGCACCCGAUGGCACCAAUACCAUAUCUGGGAAUUCAACCUACGGGGUUGCCUACUAUGCAGAAAGCAGUCUUCGGGGCGCUCUGAUAAGAUGGCUCAAUACUACCAACUUUGAUUCACUUGAAACAAAUCGGCUUGGUAUCAAGAGCGAGGAUAUUCCCGGCUUUCCUGCAAGCUCGAUCCUCUUUGACCGCGGUGGUCUGAAUGAAACAUUCAGCAAUAUAGCUCGAAGUAUCACUGACACAAUGCGGGCCAACUCCAAGGCUACCAAAGUACCAGGACAAGCUUUUCAAGACGAGACGUACAUCCACGUCCGGUGGGAGUGGGUUAUUCCCCCGAUUGUCAACGUGGUGGUGUCGAUUGGAUUUCUUGCUGCCACAGCCAUACUCUGUAGAAGAUCCCGUGCGGUGUUGUGGAAAUCCUCCGUGCUACCAUUCCUCUUGAGUCAGGUUGAUACACACCCUGAGCAUGAUCUGAUAUUCCGUGGGCGAGUGGAUGAGGUGGAGCAGGUAUCGAAGAUUAUCAAAGUCUCGAUGAAAGAACACAAUGGACAGAUUAUGUUUACAGAGCAUUAG